AUGGCUGCCCCCCUCCAUGAAUACGACGACAGCUGGCCGUCCUCGGAAUCCCCGUCGCCUCCCAGUCGCCUUUCCUCCGCCCCGGCCUGGCACAACAUUCGCGUGCCGCUCAAGCCCUUCCUCUCAGGCCAGCCCAAGUCGCUCGCGGGCAUCGCCCUGCGCGCCUUCUGCCUGGGCCUCGUCGCCGCGGGCAGCGCCCUCAUCAUGGCCCACACCCUCGCGACGAGCGACUCCCCGGCCUGGCGCCUCCCCUUCUUCGCCCUCGCCCUCGCCGUGUUCCACUUCCUCGAGUUCUGGACCACGGCCGAGGCAAACACUCCCGUGGCGUGCAUCGACAGCUUCCUCCUCACGGCCAACUGGCCGGCCUACGCCGUCGCCCACUCGGCCGCCUUUGUCGAGUGCCUGCUCGUCACGCGCUUCGCGCCCGGGCGCGACUGGGCGCCCCUCCACACGGGGCCCCUGCUGCUCGUGCUGGGCUUCGCCAUGGUGCUCGUCGGCCAGGUGGUGCGCUCCGUGGCGAUGCUGCACGCCGGCGUGAGCUUCAACCACCACGUGCAGACGGACAAGGCUGAGUCGCACACGCUCGUCACCAAGGGCAUCUACAGCGUUCUGCGCCACCCGAGCUACUUUGGCUUUUUCUACUGGGGACUGGGCACGCAGCUGGUGCUCGGGAACGUCGUGUGCUUCUUCAUUUACGCAUUCGUGCUGUGGAAGUUCUUCAGUUCGAGGAUUCGUUUCGAGGAGAAGAAGCUGGUGGAAUUCUUCAAGAAUGAGUACGUCGAAUACCGACGGGACGUGGGAACCAAGAUUCCCUUUAUUUCUUAA